AUGGAGCUGCUGAGUGGGGAAACACUGGGAUCCCUGGCUGUGGCCCUGGCCAUCUUCCUGCUCCUGGUGGACCUGAUGCACCAGUGCCAACGCUGGGCCCAACGCUACCCACUAGGCCCCAUGCCCCUCCCUGGGCUGGGCAACCAGCUGCAGGUGGACUUCCAGGACUUGCUUUCCUGCUUUACUCAGAUGAGGAAGCUGCGGUGCCACUUUAGGGACGUGUUCAGCAUGCAGCUGCCCUGGACGCCUGUGGUCAUACUCACUGGGCUGUCGGCCAUGCGCGAGGCGCUGGUGUACUGCAGCGAGGACACCUCCGACCACCCACCUGCUCCCAUCUUGGAGCACCUGGGCUUUGGGCCCUGCCCAGGGCACCCGCCUGCGGAACUGCAGCCGUGGCCGCCCUGCCGGGGCCUCCUCCUGGAUCCCAGCGCUGUGCUGGGCGGGUCUGCACUGCGAGUCAGCACUGAAGAACAAGGGCCCACCAUCGUCUUCCCCCGAGACUGUGAGUGCCCAGCCCAGCACCCAGCACAUGAUGAUCUGACCAAUGGGGGUGGAACAGAAUCCAAGGCCUGA